UAUGUCACCGAAUGAAUGUGUACGGCUAGCCGGCUGGUAGCUUCGGCAAUGUUGUCAUUAUCAGAAUGAUAUCACAGCGGGACAGAGGAGAACUCGCUCGGUUUUAUACAGUGACAGAUCCUACAAGGCACAAAAAAGGCUACACUGUGUAUAAAGUCACCGCCAGGUCAAUCUCCCGGAAGAACCCAGAAGAUGUCCAAGAGAUAAUUGUAUGGAAGAGAUACAGUGAUUUCCGGAAGCUACAUCAGAACCUCUGGCAGCUGUACAAGAAUGUAUGCGGCCAGUCUGAGCUAUUUCCUCCCUUUGCUAAAGCAAAAGUAUUCGGUCGAUUCGAUGAGUCCGUGAUUGAGGAAAGAAGACAGUGCUCUGAGGAUCUCCUGCAGUUUUCUGCAAACAUUCCUGCUCUGUAUAAUAGUCACCACAUACAAGAUUUCUUCAAGGGCGGUGAAGUCCACGACGGCUCAGAACUCAUUGGUCCAGCUGAGCCUUUUUCUGACUUCCUGGCUGACAGUUUAUCAGACUGUAGUUCUGAUGUACAAAGAGACAUCAGUGGUGCUGAGGAUUUGACUAUUACAUCUGAGUAUGGAGGCCCUUCCAGUGACAGCGACCUGACCUCCUUGGCAGUAGAUACAGACUCUCUGGCUGGGUUGGAUGAUGGCAUGGCCUCAGGUAGCACCUCCCCAAACCAGCCACAGGGGGGAGUCACCAACAUCAGCAGUAGCUGCAGUCCUCGUUUGCCCUCACUGCGUGAACGCCGCGCCCCGUCACCUGCCCCCGUCCCCGCCUCUUCAGCCCCUAACCCAGAGGUCAGCUGGCCAAGUUCAACGCCGCUCUUUUCCCGCGGUCUAAGGAAAACCAGUGGCGCCAACACUAGGGACGUAAAGUCGGACUACCUCGAAAAAGCCAGUGAACUGAUCAGUUUUGCUGUACAAAAGGAAAAGGAGCAGGACUACCAGGCAGCUUUUUCAUACUACCGCAGUGGAGUUGACUUGCUGCUUCAAGGAGUACAAGGUGAACCAAGUGCCGCGCGACGGGAGGCAGUGAAGAAGAAGACUGCUGAGUAUCUGAUGCGUGCGGAGCAAAUAUCAGGUCUGCAUCAGAGAAGCAAUAUGGGUCAGGGAUCAACGCAGACCGUGGCCUUUGGAGCUCAGUGCUGUUCCUCCUCAAGCACAGGAGGGCAGCAGAGUCCAUCUGAUGAGCUGACAGCUUACAGGGUGAUAGGGGUCAUUAAUAAGGUUCUUCUGGUCAUGGACAAGAGAACACAGGAGACGUUCAUCCUCAAGGGACUGAGGAAAAGUAGUGACUGUGGGCAGGCUAAGAAGACUAUUAUGCCUCUGGCCGUGCCCCACAUGGUGCAGCUGAGAAAGUUCAUCAUCUCUGAGGACACUGUUUUCCUUCUGCUGCACUACGCUGAGGGUGGGAGGCUGUGGUCUCACAUAGGGAAGUACCUUUGUAAUUCCAGUGCAGAGGAGAGCUAUGACAUUCCUUUCAUCCAAAAGAGCCACACAACGGCUGUACAUUCUCCGCACCAUAAAAUACCACAGCUGGAUGUAGAUUCUGCCAGUUGUGAUUCAGAGCCUAAUGCUGGUUCAGAUCCUGCUUUUGACCCCCAGAAAGAAGGAGAAAUCCCCUGUGUGUAUCCUGUUAAAAGUGCCGUGCCCGCAGGGCUCCACGGACAAAUUGGAGCUCAGUGUGACUCUGGGGCUACUUCCGAGGAGGAGUGCACAAACAGCUAUUUGACUCUUUGCAAUGAGUAUGAGCAAGAAAAAGUAGAACCAGAUGCACUUGAAGAAGAAGGUGAUGAGAAGAGCGAGCAGGAAAUGCUCUCUCUGGAGGUGCCUAAUGCAACCGCAACAGCAUCUUCAUAUAGUCGUUCACUCCUCAGCAAUGACAGCCUUUCUUCUACGGGGGGCUCUCAGGAACUUGGCUUCUUCAGUGAAUUUUCUGACAAGAGCGGACAAACCCUUGAAACUGACCAAAACCGCAUUAAAGGUCAUGAUCAUAGUGAGGUUUACAGCCCUUUACGUUCCCCCACCGAGCCUCUCUCUUUGGAUCAGUCCAAGCACACACCAAUGGAGUUUUUCCGCAUUGACAGCAAAGACAGCGCUAGCGAGGUUACUGGCCUCGAUUUGGGAGAGCACUGGCAUUCUCAGAAGCAGCCCCCUCAGUUUUCCACAUCCGAUCUUGGUUCCGAGGUCACUGAGGAACUCCCAGAGCUCGCUCAGGAGGUAAAGGGCCCAAGCUUGGAGUUUUGGAGGUUGGACUGUAGCGAUAAGGGGUCUAAUGAGUCGGUGCCGGUCAUCUCAUUUAAAGAGGCAGUAGUCGAAGAUGAGGGUCACCCACCAGACUUGUUGGUCAAUCUUCCUGUAAUAAGUGGGACUGUAGACUUUACACAGGAGGAACUAGAACCUUCAGGGGUGUGUUUUAGCCUUGAGGCUACAGCCUCACCUCAAAAGUGUGUCCAGCCUGAUGUUCUACAGCUUCAUAACCAACCUGAGGAUCUGGAGGAGCAGCCACUGGAACAAGAACUUUCAUCUUUCUCUACAGCCUCUGCAACUUGUGACACUAGUCUUGCAUGUACUUCUCUAUGGGACGACAAUUUGGCAUUUGGACUUGAGGCCUCUGACGAAGUCUUUGAUCAAGAUGACAGCCAAAGCAGUGAUCACCAUCUUGAAACUGGUGUUUUAAGUGAGAAACCCCAACCCUGUACGACAGGAACAACAGACUGUGCUCCAGUCCCCGUUGACAGCAGCAUAGCCUCUGUCCCAGCCGUGAACGGUACUGAGGCUUGUGCAGUUGUUGAGCAUUUAUUAGGUCUUGAUGGGGAAUCAUCAAGAGUCAAUAAAGCCACAGGCAGCAGCGACUUUGACAAAGAAGUGUCACGGUUGUUUGCAGAAUUAGACGAACUGUCAUUGGCUGCCACUCAGGCUCAUAUCCCAGAGGAGUUUGUGCGAUGCUGGGCAGUGGAGAUAGCGACGGCCUUGGACUGUCUGCAUCAACAGGGCAUCAUCUGUCGAGACUUGAAUCCCAGUAACAUCCUGCUUGACCAUCAAGGGCAUGUGCAGCUUACCUACUUUUGUAGUUGGAGUGAUGUGGAGGAGUCCUGUGACAAGGAGGCUGUGGCCAAUAUGUACUGUGCACCAGAGGUGGGAGGGAUCAGUGUGGAGACGCCGUCCUGUGAUUGGUGGAGUUUGGGCGCCAUCCUCUUUGAGCUCCUGACAGGCAUGUCUCUGCUGAGCUGCCACCCAGCAGGAAUUGGCCGUCACACAGCUCUCAACAUCCCAGAGUGUGUUUCAGAGGAGGCCAGAUCUCUGCUGGAGCAGCUGCUCCAGUACAACGCAAUGGAGAGACUGGGAGCUGGCGUGGGAGGAGUUGAUGACAUCAAGUCCCACCCGUUCUUUGCCUCAGUGGACUGGCCCAAAUAGACGGGAAAGCGUUGAGGAGCUGUGCAGACGGACUGUGCUCAGCGAGCUCCCGAACACUCGUGCAGUGGAUCGUAUCUUUCUACAAACCCGUGUUAAAAUGGCAGGUUUCUGUGAUGUAUACAAAUGAAACAAUGAUCAAUUAUUUCAAUUGUUUUCCACCUUUAAUGUUACAGAUAAACUUUACAACUCAACUAAAAAACAAAUAAAUCUGCUAGAGGGAAAUAUGUAAAAAAUGUUAAAAGCUGCAAUAACCUGGCUGCAAAAGUGUUCACACCCUUAAACUAAUACUCUGUUAAAGCAUCAUUCAAUACAGUUUUAGCAUCCCGUCUUAUUUGGUGACUAUUAGCAUGCUACAUCAUGACUUGGUAAUAUUUGCCUCCUCUACCUGCCAAAAGUUCUCCAAAUCUGUCAGAUUGUGAGCACAUAUCUUCUCAGGCAUCUACAGGAGACUCCAAAGAUUUUCUGUCAGAUUUAAUCCUUAAUUCUUUUGUGGCGUUGUCAGUAUUUGUGGAUUUUGAUGAAAAAAUGAUGCUGAACAGUAAAACCUUGCCUCAGCUUCAGGUGACUGUUGUCGGAUGUAGAGGAAAAACUAGUGCUAACCAGAAAUCCCUGGAGCUCCUCCAGUCUCAGGCUCUUGGCAGUCUCCACAUCGAAUUUUAGUAAGGUCCCUGCUGGUUGACAUUUUUUUCAAUUAUUGGCUGUCAUAACUGUUAAAUGGUAUAUAGAUUAUGCUGAGGGUUUUUUUGUACCCUUCUCCUGUCUGAUACCUUUUGGAACCUGGACUUUAGCUAAAAGAUGCAAAAGAGAAAAUGAUAAAUAGGACAGCUGAACUUUAUUUAAGAUUCACUAUAACUGAUGGCAAGUAUUAGUUUAAGGGUGUGCAAAUCAGGCUUUUGUAGCUAUUUAUUGGUUUUACAUAUUUCUCUCUAAGAGAUGCAUUUGUUUUCAGUUUAUUUUCCAUUUAUGUCACUUUAAAAGUGGAAAUACUUCUGAAAGUCUCAGGUGGGUAGACUUUUUCCAUCCGCCAUACAGUGAAAUCCAAUGCCUUUCUUUACAAAUCUUUAAUCAUGUUUGGAGUUUGAGAUCACAAGUGUGAUGUUUUCCCUCUUUAUCUCAUUGACUGUGAGUCAUUUUGUGCAGGGAGCGGUGCGAUGGUACCGGGUAAUAAUUCACUACAAAGCUGUCGCUUUUCCACUCCGUCUCAUAAUAUCUUCACUACAUUGACCCUGUGUCAGGAAGACCUCAUUAUUGACACAGGCUUAUGUCAUCUUCCCAUUUUGUGUUUCUCUGAGACUUUGCUCAUUCCUCAUGAAGCCCACAGACUGACUGACGUGAAACUGUGUGGCUUUGCUUUGAAAAAAAACGAAAUCUGAAAACCAGCCAAUGAACGGCAGCAUUAUUUGACACUAUGCAAAGGAAAAAUACUCAGAAAAAGGGGAUGUUUGUUGUUGAUUUUAGUCAUAGCCUGAAUUAUUUAAUAUAUUAGUGCAGAGAAAAGGCUCAGAAGUAGAGGCUUCUCUACUGGAACCUGGGAAGGCCUCAAACGCGUAUUUAUAAACGGCCCUUUUACAGUUUAAAGAUAUUUUUAUGAUUGUCGGAGGAAACUCUGUCCUCUAGUCUUCAACCCUGCAUUUUGUGCAUGUUGGAUUAGGAUAAUUCUGAUAUAUUUAAUACAAUGAAAAGUCUGUGUGACAUUUGUCUUGUAAAAAAUAUCCUUAAGGAUGUUUUGUUAAGUAAACUGCAAACAUGUAGAAAUCUUGAUUAUGUCCAACUGUGUCAAUCGCUUGCCAGUCAAAAUAUUAGUCCGAAUGCUGGAGCAACACAUUUACUGAUUUGCCAUACAGGUUUAAAGCUGAUUUUAUGAUUUCUACUGUGACUGGUUUACAUCUUUAUAGUUACAGACCUUAUCAUUUAUCACUUCUUUAUCAUUAUGAGCUGAUUCUCAGAACUUGCGCAUUAUAAACAUGUCUCCACUGUAGAUGCUACCCUUUUCUCUUCACCAAACAUGGUGAAAACAUUGUAAAUUGCCAGCUUUAUUAACAUUCUUUUUUUAAUUAGAAACAUUAUGGUCGCUGCAGAUUUUCUGUUAUGCUCACAUUUCUCCAUGCUCUGUGUUGUGUCAGUGCACCUUCUAGAACAAUAAACCAUACCUGGAUGAUUAACGUGAA